GUUUAGGUGACAUAAAAAAUUGAUGAAUUAAAUAUAAUCGUGUGCUGAGAUCGCAGUUCUCUAUUUAUGUCUUGGCAGAUCUUCCAACUACCAAUCACAAACGAAAUGUUCUCUUUCUCCAAGAACUAUUUCCUGUUCUACUUCUCAUUCAUUGUUUUAAUAAUUUUUCUCAGUGUCAAAUGGAUUUCAACUCGUUUAAAAACUAAGAAAAAUUUACCACCAUCUCCACCAAAGCUUCCGAUCAUCGGAAACCUCCACCAAUUAGGGUUGAGCCCCCACCGGUCUCUCCGUGCCUUGUCAAGAAAACAUGGUCCACUCAUGUCGAUGCACUUUGGCAGUGUGCCUGUGCUUGUAGCCUCCUCCCCUGAAGCAGCUAAAGAGAUCAUGAAAACCCAUGAUUUAAAAUUCUGUAAUCGACCCAAGUUAAGAAUUGUCGACAUAGUUGUGUAUGGCUCCAACGACAUUACAUUUUCUCCUUAUGGAGAGUAUUGGAGGCAAGUGAAGAGCAUCGCGGUAGUCCAUCUUCUAAAUACUACACGAGUUCAGUCAUUCAGACAAACGAGGGAAGAAGAGGUGGGACUUAUGAUUGACAUGAUCGAAAAGAGUUCUGGUUCUGUAGUGGAUCUAAGUGAGUUACUUUUUAGGCUUGUGAAUAACAUUGUAUGUAAGGCAGCUCUAGGGAGGACAUACCCUGGGUCGAAGUUCGCGGACUUGUUGGAAAGGUUUGUGUGGGUGUUGGGUGCUGUUAGCCUUGGAUCCUAUAUCCCAUGGUUGUCAUGGGUAGACAAAUUGAGUGGUUUAGAGGGGAAAGCACAUAAAGUUGCCAAAGACUUUGAUGAUUUUCUUGAAGGUGUUGUUGCAGAACAUGUGGAUAAAAGAAGAGGGAUGGAUGUGCAUGCUCAAAGUGGUGAAGAUCAAGAUCUAGUUGACAUCUUGUUGGAUGUAAAAGGAGAUAAUACAACUGGAUUUACCUUUCAUAGAAAUACCGUUAAAGCUCUCAUCUUGGAUGUAUUUGCAGCUGGAACUGAUACUACAUUCGCAAGUUUGGUAUGGUCAAUCAGUGAGCUACUUAGACAUCCAAGAGCAAUGGAAAAACUAAAACAAGAAGUAACCAAAAUAGCACAAGGAAGAUCCAUGAUUCUCGAAAAAGAUUUGGAGAACAUGCAAUAUCUUAAAGCCGUCAUCAAAGAGACACUACGAAUGUAUCCUCCAAUUCCUCUACUUAUUCCUCAUGAAUCAACAGAAGAUGUCAAACUACUUGGAUAUGACAUUCCAGCAGGCACACAAACAUUGGUCAAUGCGUGGGCAAUAGGAAGAGAUCCUACAGCAUGGGAAGAACCAGAAGAGUUUAAGCCUGAGAGGUUCUUGAAUAGUUCCACUGAUUACAAGGGGCUUCACUAUGAGCUGCUUCCAUUUGGUGGUGGGCGAAGAGGGUGCCCUGGAAUUCCAUUUGCUACAGUCAUCUUUGAGCUCGCAUUAGCAAAUGUGAUAUACAAGUUCGAUUUGGCAUUACCGAAUGGAGUCAAAAAUACGGAUUUGGACAUGAGAGAGAAAUUCGGCAUUACGCUCCAUAAGGAAGCUCCUUUACUUGUUAUGGCAACUACUAGUUUCAAGUAGUUGCUUAUAUAUAUUAUGUAACUUUCAAUGGAAUAUAUCACAAAAUAUAUAGCAAUUGUUUCAAUGGCAACAACGACACAUGUUUCACAAGA